UCACAAUUUUUUCCAGUCUUCGGAGUCUCCGGGCAAAGAGAAAGAUAGAGAGAUUGUGAGUGAGAGAGAAAGGGUAUGGAGACAGACGAAAGCGGCGUGUCUUUGCCGUCGGGACCCGAUGGUCGGAAGCGGCGAGUCAGUUACUUCUACGAGCCGACGAUCGGAGACUACUACUACGGUCAAGGACAUCCGAUGAAACCUCACCGGAUCCGUAUGGCUCAUAGUCUAAUCGUCCAUUAUCACCUCCACCGUCGCCUCGAAAUCAGCCGUCCUAACCUCGCCGACGCCGCCGAUAUUGGUCGGUUUCAUUCGCCGGAGUACGUUGAUUUUCUCGCUUCCGUUUCACCGGAAUCCGUGGGCGAUCCUUCGUCAGCACGAAACCUAAGGAGAUUCAAUGUCGGCGAGGAUUGUCCUGUCUUCGACGGACUUUUCGACUUUUGCCGUGCGUCCGCCGGAGGUUCCAUUGGCGCUGCCGUCAAAUUAAACCGGCAGGACGCGGAUAUCGCUAUCAAUUGGGGCGGUGGGCUUCACCAUGCCAAGAAAAGCGAAGCCUCUGGGUGCUACGUAAACGACAUCGUGCUAGGGAUUCUCGAGUUGCUCAAGAUGUUUAGGCGGGUUCUCUACAUAGACAUCGAUGUCCACCAUGGAGAUGGAGUGGAAGAGGCGUUUUACACCACUGAUAGAGUUAUGACAGUUUCUUUCCACAAAUUUGGGGACUUUUUCCCAGGAACUGGUCACAUAAGAGACGUUGGGGCGGAAAAAGGAAAAUACUAUGCUCUAAAUGUUCCAUUGAACGAUGGCAUGGACGAUGAAAGUUUCCGCAGCUUGUUCAGACCUCUUAUUCAGAAGGUUAUGGAGGUGUAUCAGCCAGAAGCAGUUGUUCUUCAGUGUGGGGCUGACUCCUUAAGCGGUGAUCGGUUGGGUUGCUUCAACUUAUCAGUCAAGGGUCAUGCUGAUUGCCUCCGGUUCUUAAGAUCUUACAACGUUCCUCUCAUGGUCUUGGGUGGUGGAGGGUAUACUAUUCGAAAUGUUGCCCGUUGCUGGUGUUAUGAGACUGCUGUUGCGGUUGGAGUAGAGCCGGACAACAAACUUCCGUACAAUGAGUAUUUUGAGUAUUUUGGCCCAGAUUAUACGCUUCAUGUCGAACCAAGCCCAAUGGAGAAUUUGAACACACCAAAAGAUAUGGAGAAGAUAAGGAACACGUUGCUAGAACAACUUUCGGGGCUAAUACACGCGCCUAGCGUGCCAUUUCAGCACACACCUCCAGUCAAUCGAGUUUUGGAGGAGCCGGAAGAUGACUUGGAGAAAAGACCAAAGCCUCGCAUUUGGAGUGGAACAGCGACUUAUGAAUCGGACAGUGAUGAUGAUGAGAAACCUCUUCAUGGUUUCUCAGGUAUUGGUGGCGCAACUAUGGACAGGGACUCUACAGGUGAAGAUGAAAUGGAAGAUGAUAACCCAGAGCCGGAGGUGGAUCCCCCAUCUUCUUAAAAACUUGUUUCAUAGGAAUCCAUUUCUAUUACCAUUCAAACAAAACCAGAAAAAUGCAUCUAAAUAGUUUUUUUUUGGGUUCUAUCUA